AUGAAGCCCUUAAUGGAGAAGAUUAUAUCUCCAACACAGGCUGCUUUUGUUCCGAAAAGGUAUAUAAAUGAUAACAUAGUGAUUGUUCAUGAGUUAAUUCACUCAAUGAAGAAAUCAAAAAAGAAACAGGGGUUAGUGGUACUCAAGAUAGAUAUGUCGAAGGCAUUUGAUAGUGUAGAAUGGGGGUUUGUUCUAAAAAUGAUGUCGUCUCUAGGCUUCUCUGAGGAUUGGUGUACUAUCAUUUAUCAGUGUCUCUCCACAACAACUGUGUCAAUAAGAAUAAAUGGUAGUAAUUACAACUCUUACAUUCCAUCGAGGGACGACUGCAUCUUUUUCUUUCAAGCUGACGAUAAAAAUAUUGAGCAAGUGAAAGCAUGUCUGCAGAAUUUUAGUUCUUUCUCAGGUCAGCUGAUUAACUUCUCAAAAUCGUCAGCUUAUGUUACAGAAUUCCCUAACAAUUCAUGGAUCUGGAAGGGAUUAGAGGUGGGUCUUCACUAUGUUAAAAAGUUCCACAUAUGGGAUGUUCGUAGAGGUUCCAAAAUCUUAGUGUGGUAUGAUAAAUGGGUAAUUGGGUUGGAUUCCCCACCAACUCCUAGAGAUUAUUUUAGAGAGCCUGCAAGGGUGGUGUUAGUCUCUGACUUGAUGCUAGACAAUCCAAGAAGAUGGAAUGAACAGUUAGUUUGGGAUCUGUUUCCAGAUAAUAUAACAAGCCUAAUCUUGCAAAUGAGAAUACCUCAGCAAGGAAGUGAUAGGAUUAUUUGGGAACCAAGUAGGAAUGGAGAAUUUUCAGUCAAGUCGACUUACAAGGCUCUAUCUAAUAUACAACAACACGCUUAUCUUCCUUCAGGAAUGAACUGGAAAAGUUUGUGGAAAACUGAUGCACCACAUAAAAUAAAUCUGUUUAUCUGGAAGUGUUUGAAAGGAAUAGUGCCAACAAGAGUAAUUCUUAGUAAGUAUAAUUCCAGUAUAGACACAAUAUGUCCUAGGUGUGCUCGAGCUGAGGAAACGUUACAACAUCUUAUUCUUGAUUAUGAUCACUCAAGAUCAGUGUGGUUAUCUAUGAAUAUAAAUGUCGCAGUACUACAACAACAACAAACUCCAGUUUCUGAUUGGAUAGAAACUUGGUCUCCACCACAACUUGGAGUUCUUAAAAUAAACAUGGAUGCAACUUUUGAUUACUUUACCAAAACUAUUAGCAUUGGUUUACUAAUCCGAGAUUCUACAGGGUACUGUCAUGGAGCCAGGUGCAGAUUCUUCAAUGGAGGAAUAGAUGUUGAGGAAGCGGAGUGCUUAGCCAUGAAAGAAGCCAUCCCAUGGGCUAAGCAAUGCAUUGAUUCAGAAGUGAUCCUAGAAAGUGACAACCUUAAUGUAAUUAACUCUAUUAAGCAUGCCAAUACUUCGGUCCACUGGAGGAACCAAGGUAUUGUAGAUGAAAUAAGGCACAUGCUCUCUUAUGUUACUUGUUUUAUUUUGAACCAUGUAAGGAGAUCAACAAACAAAGCUGUUCAUGUUAUUGCUAAGACUGCUAGAUUGAACAGGUUAUCGUUGGAUUAUCAUAUUAACAUCCCAGAAACUUUUUGUUCUGUAAUCAGGGAUGAUCAACAAGCCUGUCAAUCUAAGUUGUGUAAAAAUAUUAAGUAA